UAUUGAAUAUCACCGAGUACGAUCUGUCUUCAGUGACUUUCGCAGAUAAAUUCGAAGGAACUCUAUUUGAUAUCGGAUAUUACAAGUUUUUUCGGAAAUCAUGGCGCAUGUAGAAAUUCCGAUGGGAGAUAUGCAGGUCACGUCAGAGAAGCAUAAAGUUACAAAUGGAUUUGAAUUUCUUCAAUUACCUCAACUACCACUUGGUCAGAUAGGUUAUCCUCAAGCUCACGAAUGGAUUGAACAUAGGAAAGCCAAUAUUCGACCAUGGUCACUAUUUGUUAACACAAACAAUAUCAGACCACCCCCUAAUAUAACAAGAUUGAGUAAACGAGUUGUAAAGAAUAUUGAAUAUUUCCAGAGCAAUUAUCUAUUUGUGUUUAUUGGACUAGUUUUAUAUUGUUUAAUCACCUCACCUUUGUUAUUACUGACAGUUGUUGCAUCUCUUGGGAUAUGUUAUAAACUCUCUCAGCGGCAUUCAAGACAAGAAUUAACAAUAUUAAAUCAUAAACUGACAUUAGCACAAGUAUAUUCUUUAGUUGCAGUUUGUUCACUGCCUAUAUUUUAUUUGGUUGGUGCACAUGCGGCUGUAUUUUGGGUACUUGGAGUUUCUUGGUUUUUGAUAACGUUGCAUGCUGCCUUUUACAAUAUUGAUGCAGUGUUGAAUCCUGGAGAGGAAGAAUUCAAUACAUUAGUUAUGCAAGAAGUAUGAUAUUACAAAUAAUUCAUUUUUUAUUAAAAGGGAAUAAAAUAAUUUUAAAAUA